UAGACGUCGUCUACUUUGAAGGAUCACGCGAUGUAGGAGCAUGAUGGCGACUCACGAUCGGCAAGCGUGGGCAGAUUCUGCCCUUUUUGAUGGGUCCACACGACUUCAGGGAUUUUCUGAUUUCAUUAAUAUCCCUAUCGACCAGGUCAAUUUUAUGGCAUGCCAGGCUUUGGCAUUGGGCCUCUCCUUCAUUUACCGUGAAUUCUUCAACCCAGAGAAGGUGACAACAACCAAGCGGCAUGUCCUGGCAUUGUUAGCAGGGCUUGGCAUCUCAUACAUUUGCUUUGGCAAGGCAUGUUUCACCAUAUGCAUGGCCUACUUAUCUGUCAUCCACGUUCAGAGAGCUAUGUUCAACUAUGGGGACUAUGCUCUUGACAUCACAGGACCUUUGAUGAUCUUGACCCAAAAGGUCACCAGCCUGGCCUUCAGCCUUCAUGAUGGAACUGUGAAGGAUCCAAACUCUUUACAAGAAUUACAAAAGAGGCAUUGUGUCAAGAGGAUUCCAUCCAUUUUGGAGUACUUCAGUUACUGCUUUAAUUUCCAAGGGAUAUUGGCUGGCCCCUUCGUCUUCUACAAUGACUAUGCUGAGUUUGUCACUGGGCAAAAUUUGAAAGGAGGAAAACACCAGAAGAGUAGCUUUGGAGGAGGGGGAGGGCCAUCUUCACUAGUAGCAGUUACAAACAAAGUGUGUCUCAGUAUUUUCUUUGCUCUUGGUGUUAUUUUGAUUGCUCCCUGGUUUCCUGUUGGCUUCUUGAAAGAGGAGGCCUUUUUUGAGAUGAAUAUUCUUAGAAAGGUGACAUAUGUGGUUCUGAUAACAAGCAUAGCACGCUGGAAGUAUUACACAGCAUGGAUUCUUGCUGAUGCCAUCUGCAAUGCCUCUGGCCUUGGCUUCAAUGGUUAUACCCCUCAGGGACUUGAGAAAUGGGAUCUUAUCUCCAAUGUGGACAUAAUCCCAGUUGAAGUGGGGCUAAACUUCCGGGCAAUCAUCGAACAUUGGAACAAGGGGACAAAUCGAUGGCUUCGUGCCACAAUUUAUGAACGUUUUCCUGUGCUACCAACAGUUGUUACUUACAUUGUAUCUGCCAUUUGGCAUGGCCUUUACCCAGGAUACUAUCUUACAUUCUUGUGUGGUGCAAUGUUCACCAUCUCUGCACGCACUGUGAGGAGAACAAUCCGGCCUUAUUUUCUGGUGUCUGAGAGCUGGAAGUGGUUCUAUGAUGUGCUGACCACUGUCACCACCCGUGUCAUCCUUGCUUAUGCCACUUUCCCUUUUGCCCUCCUUGAAUUCUGGUCAUCUGUGGAUGUUUACAGGAGCUUGUACUUCUUCCUUCACGUUGCAUCAAUUGGGUCGAUUGUGUUACUGCCUUUGACUGCAAGAUCCAAGCCAAGAGAAGGAGGUUCUGGGAAGCCUGGAAGUUCAACACAUGACUCAAGGCUUCAUCGGUACAAAGACAACGGGAAGGCUCCUGCACUUGGUGACCCAUCAUAUGCCUCACCUUCCAGUAAAACGGCGAGCAUGGUCUCGGAACUCCCACUUGAAGCAGAAUCAAUGAAAAAGAGCUCAUAGCACUGUUGCAGCAGGUCCUCUUGUCUCUCCACUAACUGUGGUGGAACAAAAUCAUGCUCAGCAGUUGUAGGCAGGCAAAAUGCCAUUGCCAAUCCUUGUGAUUCUAAUACAAUAGUACUAUAUUGGGGUCUGUUGGGGUUCAGAGCCUUCGUGUGUGUUUUGUUCAAUGUUUAUUCAUGCACAGCUAGAUGUGUGCCCCACAUUGGCUUCAGAAAGCUUGGGAUUUGGGUUAACAUAGUCCCUUGUGCAAAUCUUCGUGAUAACCUUCUCCAUUUAGAAUACCCUUUGUCAUUGACAUCCUGCACUUGAAUAUGCUUCCUCAGUGAUCUCAUUGUUGCAUGUGUCCAAAAUGUCUGCUUCCAGCAAAUGAAACAAAGUGGCUUGUAUUUUGUGUAAUUGGUCUCGGUACUGUAUUUUAUGGUCAUUAACUUAGCCUGGGACUUUUUUCAUUAACUCUUUCAUGUUCAAUUUGAAAUAUGCUGUGGUGGUCUCUUGUCUGUGUGAUUUCUCAUUAUGCUUGUGCAUUACUAAAAAAGAAGACAUAUCAUACCAGAGGAAUAGAGCACAGAUUUAUGCCCGGUGAAACCAUCCUAAUCCAAAGAAGGAAAUUUUUUAUUUGAAAGUCGUGAUAAUGUGUUUCCUAGAACAGACCCAGUUGUCAACAGAUGGCUUGAUCUGUUAUUCCAUAAGCUUGUUGAAAGCUAUUGACCCAGUCAUCAUGGGGUUGCAUCAGUCUCAAUUUUGGGGAUGUUUCAUGGUGUCAGUCUCUCUCUGAGCUUGUUUAGUGGAUUGGAGUCCUCUGCAUUAAUGAUUUGGCACUUGAUGUGAUGAAGAAUUCCUGUUUAUGACACCAAAGCUUGCUUAGUCAAUGACUUGCCAUUUUUUACUUUUCUCUCAUAACUUGAAUGUCACCUCGCAUGUGUUCUUGACUUCAUUUGGCUUCUGGAAAUGAAAUUCCAAUGCUUUGUAAUAA